AUUUAUUUCAGUUCUCUUUAGCAUCAUUUUCAGCAAACACAGCAAAGUACAAAAACCACAGUUAAAAAAUAACUUGUGAAGACAUAAUCGAUUUGGACCUUUAUCAUUUUGUCCCCUUCGUGAUAAUAAAUAUUUAAUUUUUUCUUCAUAUUUAUUGGAAAAAUCCUCUGCAAUUAUACAGUAGUCGUGUCGAUUUAGUUACGAAUUGUGCCAUCCUUAUCUUCCUCCCAUCAGCCAUUGCUAGACAGCUUUGAUUUUGUUCUUUUGCUUCAUAUUUUAUAUUAUUUAAUCUUUCAAAGGUCCCCUUCAUCUUUAUUUUCUCCUCUGUACCUUUUUUUUUCCUCUCUGCUUCAAAACAAAGAUCUGAACUUUUUUCUAGCCAUCUUUCAUAUCUCUCCAGUUUCUUGAUUGCCCAGCAACUGCUCGACGUAUUGCCUGACCGAACCCAAGCAUAAAAAUCACUUUUUUUUUUUCCUUUUCCAUUUUCACUCAUUUUUCACCUUUUUUUUUGGUCUGGGGCUUUCCCUUUUGAUGAACUAGACACGAUGAUGAACAUGAACUAUGAUGAGUUGGCACUUGCCUCCAGCUGGCUUUUUGAAGAGAGCUCGGUCUCGAAUUGGACUCCAGAGGAGAACAAGAGAUUCGAAAACGCGUUAGCCUUGUUCGACAAGGACACACCCGACAGGUGGCACAAUGUGGCGGCUAUGAUCCCAGGUAAGACGGUGGGUGACGUCAUCAGGCAGUAUCGGGAGCUAGUCGAUGAUGUCGGCGAUAUCGAGGCUGGGCUGAUCCCGAUUCCGGGGUAUUCUGGUAAUAAUUCUCUUGCCCUGGAGUGGAUGAGUGGCCAUGGGUAUGUGGGCUUGAAGGGCUUUUACGGGCCGGGCUGGAAGAAGGGCCCGUCGGGCCGGUGUGCCGAUCACGAGCGCAAGAAGGGGGUGCCUUGGACUGAAGAAGAACAUAGACAAUUUCUAUUGGGACUCAAAAAAUAUGGUAAAGGCGAUUGGCGAAACAUAUCUCGAAAUUUCGUGACCACACGAACCCCGACACAAGUCGCGAGCCACGCCCAAAAGUACUUCAUUCGACAGCUCUCGGGUGGCAAGGACAAGAAGCGGUCGAGCAUACACGACAUCACGACCGUUAAUAUCGACGAGAUCAAAUCUCCUUCGCCCGAAAAGAACGGGCCCCAUGGAGCAGUCUUGGGCUUCAGCCCGACCAACAGCAAUUUAGUCACGGCCCAUUUUCAAGAAACCUGUGGGCUUGGCCCACACGAUCACCAUCAUCUGCAGGGUGGCAUCAAUAGGAUGUCUCGGUUAGAGCCUCAUCGUGGUACGGUUUUCCAGAUGCAUCCACACUAGAAAUGUUUCAACAAGUUGCCUCGAUUUUUGUUGGUAUACUAUACGCUAAUGAAAAAGGUCUCUUCAAGUUAGUUUCAUUAGAAAUGUACAUAUUUACUUCUGUUCGCGGCAAAAUUGGUAAUAAUUUGCACGAAAAGUUGUACGGAAACAAUGUUGUAAUAGUCCUUUCAAGCAAAUCAAGAUAUCAAAGUCAUUGCAAGUAUUUGGUGUUUGUUCGUAUAGAAUUUGUCGAGUGUUUCUAGUGUUGAAUUAUUGAUUGACAAAACACUGAAUGAGUUUUGUCAAUUUCUGUUUACACUGCAGAGAGAUCGACAAUCUUUUCAUAAGGAAUGGAGAUAGAUCAACAUACUGUUUUGAAUAUUGAUCGCAAUUUUAGGUUCAUGUAAAGGCAGACAAACUACUCUUUACUGUAUUUAGUCGACCAACG